GCGGAUUCCGGUUUCUCCGCCAUCCAACUUCGGUAUAUAUUCUGAACUUCCAAUGUUAUUCACAGACGGAUUUCCUGGUUGCUCAUAUGGAGAACAGUGAGAGCGGCAGAAUCAAAAGGCGGUGUGGCAAGCACAGUGAGCGCAGAUAAAUACGCGAUUUAUCGCGUCGCAAAAUUGUCAUUUGUUUUUUGAUUUCAUCCACCCACAAGAAGGAAAGAAUUGACUGAAGCCUACAUUGACGAGGCUACUAUGCUUACGGUAUAGUUAUUUGUUUUACCUAUCAGUAUCUAUAAGAACAGGAAGCGGGAAUGCUCGGCUCGAUCAGAGAGGAAGCUAUGUCUUUCCUGCGGAGAGUGCGGGAUGGUAGAAUCGCGAAACCUACAACAGCAUUUUCGACCAACGAGAAGCAUGCGCUGGCCACGGAGGCUUUAGAAAGGAACGGGAUGGAGAAGAUCCUCAAAGAAAAUAAGAAUGGCGUAUCGGAUAGAUGUAGUAAGGAAGUAGUGCUACCGCGGAGAAAACAAGCGUCAUAUGAACCAAAACCUCCAGCAAAAAGGCUACAACUUGUCGAAAGCGUGAAUGCCCUCCCACUUAAAGAAUUUAUGAAUCACUGUAUCCCGCCCCGAAUCCGCGACUUCUCGAUAUCCAUCCCUUGCAAAACACCCACUAUCACCGACCAAGAACGCUAUGAUACUUAUUCAAUUGAAAUACACUCGUCAAGCUCGAUACCCAAGGCAGACCUCGAGUCUUGCUUUUUGCUGGUGAAGCUUACCAGCUCCGAGAUGUACAAACACUCGACUACAGGCUGGUCACCUUCGAAGAAGAAAAAUGAGAUGAAACUGCUGGAUAUGCGCUAUAUGCUUCUGGUCCGAACCACCACUCCUGGUAGUCCUCAGCCUCCUCCUACUACGGCGACAUCGGAACGUCAAAAGGUUUUAGACAAGGAGGUACAAACUUCUCAAAUGGGCGGGCGGAAGCUGGGGGGCUUCCUAUCGUUCAUGGUUACAUACGAAGAUGAAAUUGAAGUACUAUAUUGCUACGAGAUUCACCUUGCGCCGGAGCUACAACACAGGGGGCUGGGGAAGAUUUUACUUGGAUAUUAUGAAGAGAUAGGACGGAACAUCGGGUUGCAGAAGACCAUGUUGACGGUUUUCAAAGCCAAUGGGCCUGCCAUUCGCUUCUAUGAACGGCUGGGAUACGAGGAAGAUGAGUUUUCUCCCAAACCGAUGAGACUUAGGAACGGACAUAUAAGGGAAUACGACUAUAUGAUAUUAUCUAAGGUCAUUGACAACACACAGACAACAAAGCAUGACACAAAUAAUAUAGAUGUUGUCUGGUGAGUGAAAAUAAGGCCAGUGGAUUUCUUCCCAUGGUUGUUGGAGAGCUUGCCAGACACGAUGUUAUAUUUGCUUGGCAUAUUUCCCUUUCAUAUCUGGCCGGCUCUUCUCCCACUCAUCGCGAAGGACGGCGAAUAUCGAAUCUGCGACGAGGAUUGAGAGCCCCAAACUCCAGACUAGGGUUAUCGCAUAGAAGAAGUUGGCAUUGCCCGAACCAGCGUAUAUCCAUAAAUGGUGGAAUAUUGGGCCAAGAAGCGUUGCAUAUAGCAAGGCGGCAACAGCGAAAAACGUAUAACGCAUUACUGGGUUCACGUUAGCAAAUGUGUCAAAGCAAGGGAGAAGAAUGGGUUGGUACGUACACGGGAAAAUAUGGCGGUAUAGGGGUAGAAGCGCAAAGUAGAUGGAUACGUCAGAAAUGCUUGGGUACGGCUUGAAAAUCGCAAAUAUUCCAAGGAUCGCGGUGAUCACGAAGAGCGGCUGGGUCCUCAUCCUAACGGUGAAAGCUCCAAGGUACGAUGCCAGAUGUAACCAGAAAACACCCAGGAAAAAUUCUCGGAACGGAUCGAAAAUCUCAAUCAAGAAAUACCACCAAAGACCGGCAUUUGGCGUCAAAUCAGGCACCAGGAGUUGAACCCCAUACGUCGCAGAUAUGAACUCCCAUGAAUUACCAGUAAUGAUAUAAGACAUGUAGAGGAGUACCAUAACACUCGUGGCAAAUAGGAGAAAGUAUUUUAGUGCAUAGGCGAGAGAACUGCCUGUGAACUUGCCUUGUGAUACAUUUCGGUCGUAGCAGAGCAGAAUGAGAGGCGGGUAUACGAGAGCAGGAUAAAGCGAUAGAUAGGAAGCGAAUCCCAGUGCGAACAUGGAAUUGAAAGUAUUACCCGCAACUGCAUUCGAGAUCGCAUAUAGGAUUGCGGAAUUGGUGAAACUGUUGGUCGAUCUGCCCAGACAUGUCGCGAUUACAAAUGGAUUGAAUAGGUACCUAUAGAGGUGUUAGAAUUCAUUUUUGAGUAGUUCCUCCUACCAUGAAUCCCCUAUCCAAAACAUACCCUGCAGCAAUUGAAACUCCAUCCCAUUUAAUAUGUUUCC